AUGUCCUCAGCCUCCAGCGCAGAUGCUGCGGAUAUAUCACUGGCUGCAGCUGUUGCGGCUCUAAGCGUCGAGUUUGUUGUACAUCCUUUCGACACACUCAUCACACGGAUCCAGUCUCCAGAGUACAUACCCAAGUACAGAAGCCAUGAGGGCAAACUCCAGCCAGCUUUGUUCCGUGGCCUCUACCGUGGCAUAGCACCGACGGUCAUCACCACAAUACCAGCUUCUGUCACGUUCUUUGGUAUAUAUGAAAAGGCAAAAGCCACUUUACAACCCAAGGAAGGUCUCAAGCCGGGUAGCCUGUCUCAAACGGCUGUGCAUGCUGCGAGUAGUGCUCUUGCGGACAUGGUUGCUUGUGCUAUCAUCAACCCUUCCGAAGUCCUCAAACAGAACGCACAAGUCUCAAGAUUCUCUGAAGGUGGAGGCCAACGAUUUCCGGUCUUGUCAGCAUUGAAGCACUUUAUUCGUCAACCCUUGAAGCUAUGGACGGGAUACACGGUACUAGUUGCGGGAAAUCUUCCGCGAACUAGCCUGACGUUCUCGAUAUAUGAAUACCUUAAAGCAAGAUGGCUCCGACGAUUCGACAAUACACCAAGUAUCACGGAGCAAGUCAAAGUCAGCGGAAUCACGGCUGGUGUUGGUGGUUCUAUUGCGUCUUUGCUCUUUGUCCCUGUCGAUGUCGUGAAAACAAGGAUGCGUCUCCCAGAAAAGGCUCCGCCCAGUCAUCCAUUACAACCUGAAGCACUGUUCACUUCAGCAUUGAGUCGAGAGAAGGCUCGAAAGCCUACAGCAAGCGGCCCUUUCGCAAUCGCCAAAGCUCGUGCCUACAGACUAUUCUUUGCUGAGCGAGCGAGAGCAGUCUCCAAUGUCUUUGAUGAUUGGCAAAUCAUAACGCGAUUAUGGGGACUGCUUGCGAUGUGGGCUGAAUCCAAAGACUAUAUUGUGAGCCUCAUGAGGACAAGAGACGUGAACAAGGAACGCGAUGAGAACCCAAAGGAUUAUCUUAUCGGCAAAUCAAUCAGAGCCACCUACAUCCUCGGGUUGCUUAGUUACCUUAGCUUCGAGAAUCUGGCUUGGCUUACGAGACGUGGCGUAUUCAGAAGGUCGGAAGAGAGGGAAUCGAAGCUGGUGAUUUGGUCAUUGAAGGGAUGGGGUGUCUACGUCUUUUCUGAACUUGCACAGUUAUUCCACGACCGUUCGUUAAAGAAUCGUGGACUUAAGGACGAGGAUGACGCUUCUGCAGUACAGUGGAGAAGAAAGCUUGUCCAGAUGCUGAUAUAUGGCCCAGUCACAGUUCAUUGGAUCAAGGGAGGAGUAUUCCCAGAAGUGCUUGCUUCCUUCUUGGUAGCUUAUGCCGAGUACAUAACAGUUCAAGGGUUGUGGAAAGAGGUUGCUUAG